AUUGCCCAACAAUCCCAGCACACGUUCUCCACAGUUGCAAGUUUCAGUUGUAAACAACCAUACCGCAGUGACAAUAAUUUAAAAUUAAAGGAGUAAAUAAUUUAAUUGCUGUUCUCAGAACGGUUGGACGGAUGUUGGACCGUGAAAGAGCGUCGCCCCUGGCGGCGUACAACGUCAUCAAGCUUCUUACCAGAGGACUCCUUCUGUCGCAGGUCACUGGAAGGAUGUUCGAAAGAGCACCGAGGAAGUUGCUGAGGAAGAAGAUGCAGGACCAAGCCGAGCAUAAUCGUCAGCAGCAGCCUCAGCCUCAGCAGCAAGUCAGAAAACAGGUGUGCCGCAGACUCUUCGCUGAAGAGCCCUGGAACCUUUCUACUGACGGGGAGCAAGACAACAUCAUCAACAAGACUUACGAGGAGAUAAAUCGCGACCUGGACGCUGCCUGUGAGAAGUAUAACUUCGACUUCCGGGCUGAGGAACCUCUGGAAGGCAACUGGGUCUGGGAGCGAGUGGAAGGUCCUACAGGGAACGACAUCCAGGAGGUCUCUGCCAACAUUCCCUCUCCAGGAGCGGAGCACCCUGCUGGAGCCUCCAGGCAAGACGCCUGAACUUCUAGUUCCUUACCUCCGCAUUGUGUUAGACUGUUAGAUUUAAGUCGACGUGCAAUCGCCAGAAUAUCUUAUUCAAAUUGUGUUUUGUAAUUUUUAUUAAUAAACCAUAUUUAUUUAAUUUAUUAAUUUUCUAUCACUUUUGUUGAAUUGUAUAAGUAUAUUUGCACUCUAAUUAUCACUUAUGUUUUUGAACAAAGAUGAACUAGUCAUGUAGUCCCGUAAAAUUUGAAAUGGGGAACUUACAAACUGUUUAUUUGUUGACUGUAAUAUUAUAAUCAGACAAUAGUUCCCAUUUUAACACCAUGCGUUUUGUUGUUUGUGCAAGGGUUUUUUGAGAAGUCAGUCCAAACUUAAAGUAUCUGUUGCUUAAAUGCGAUAUCCUCUUAGAGUUUUCAAUAGUCUUUUUGUUUAAGUACGUGUAUUAUGUAGCUGGACAGUUAUUAUACAACAGUGUAACAUUGCUCAACUCAUUCAAAAAUAUACAUUCAGUGAGAUAAUUUUAUUCUUGUUUCAAAAGUUCACUUCGGCCAGCAAGUCUAGAGAUCAAGGAAGAUGUUUGUUUAUUGAGUUGGAACCUCUCCUUCUUCAGUUCUGAUGCCAGUUUUGUCAUGGCAGAAUAAUAGUGGUGAACCCUUACCAAUUAAUUGUUUCAAUCGUUCCAGGAACUACUUGUACUACACUUUUCUUGAUAGAUGUAAUUCAUUCCUUGAACACUAAACCACAGUUUCCAUAAACUUCUCGGCUGAAGAUCUCUUCUUUGUUAUGAACUUGCACCUUGUAACCCGUUGUGUGGACUUUUCUUUUGGUAGCAGAUUUGUAUUAGUUGGGGUGAAUCCAAAUGUUAUUCACAGAUGAUGUAAGUUAUCUAAUUCUAGUGAAGCAUUCUUGGAACACAUCACAAAAUUUGUUGGAGCUAUUUAUUAUCCAGAGCUGACUCGAGUUGCUUGCUUCAAACGAAUAAUAAAUUCAGAAUAGUAACACGACAUGGGUGAAAAUUGUUGACAGCAUAUCCAAGAGAGUCUACUAACUGAAAAUAAACUCGGUACGCACCACAUGUCUUAGCAUAGACUUAUCAAACUACCCUUGCGCGUGAAUCAGGAUAUUGGUCUGUAAUUGUCAAUCAUGAUCUCUGCACCUUCGUUUGUAAAGAUUCGUAAGACCUUAAAUGAGCAAAAACGUACAACAUAAUUCUGGAACUUGAGUUUUUGUCACACCAGUGAACGAAGGUGUAAAAUUACGUAGGAAGCAUCGUUCUGAUUUACAUACUUUUUGCUGCAUUUCGCAGACGGAUCUGAAAGUGUGUCAACGGAUCUGAAGGUUAGUGGCAACAUCACACGUGCAUGUUUGUAGAUUAGAGAAUGAAUCGGUAGGAACAGUAAAUAAUGUGUAAAUAUUGUAAUAUUCGUUUCACAAUGGUGACUCACGUUACCCCUUCUAAACAGCUAACAGUCCAAAGCUAAGAAUGUCUAAUUUAUAUCGAUGUACAUAAUAUUGUUUAACUGUUUGUAACCAUACUGAGCGGGCCUAUUUUUCUGUGUGGGUAUUUAUAUCAUGUAACUUAUUAAAUUAAAUACUUGUUAUAACUGCA